UUUGCUAUACAAAAUAAGCCGACACUAGAACAAUGCGUUUUUCGAGUGCAGCAAGGACGCCGUCUUCACGUUAUUUGGGUCUCGGAUUAAUGCCUAUACUCCAAUCAGCUCCAUCGCUCCAGAGCACGUGCCCCCUCACCGGGAUUGCCUGUCACUCUUUCUGCGCUCCAGUACUACGUAGUUCUGGCUCCGGCUCACUUGCAUAGCGAAAUUCGGCAAUUUAUAUCUCAAAGUACGUUCGCUCCUAAGGGUACGGUGCAUAUAUGAUUACUGGCUCCAAUUCUGCUAUCCUGCAUUUCCCAGAAAACAACUAUUGAUUAAUUAAUUUUAGUUCAUUAGUCGUCCAGCAGCUGCAUACGCGGUCCUACACAAUGUCGACCAGGCACACCUGCAUCUAUUUUGCUCUGCUAGUUUCUUCUUUUUUUAUAGUGAGAUCCUGUAACCGAAAAAAAAAGAAAAGAAGAAAAAAGAAAAACACCUGUGUAUACAAAUCGUUGAGGAGCUAGGCCUACAAGUAAUAGGCCUCUAUGCGAGAAACGUCAUCAUGACGUUGGUAGACAGACUGAAACCGAAACAAAUCGGAAGGGGAGGGCUAGGUUCCACGAAUAGGCACCUGUUCGCUGCCUCCUAUUAAAAGAACAGUAGGACCGACGGUCCCGUCCCUUUCAGGGACCAUCGUAAUCCCGUCAAGACCGUGGCUUUCAUGCGCAACCUUGUUCAACGAGUUCAACGCUGUCGAACAGACGUCAUUUGCUUAGAAAGCGGGGAGACUCCCGAACCUACCGUUCACAAGUUCAUCGCGGCGGAGAUGAACAUGUACAGGGUGUGUGCAGAUAAACUUCACUGGCAUUUGUGCGCGUACUUGAGAGCCACUGUGGUUUGUCUGCAGACACCCUGUUUUUGACGAAUUUGCAAUGAAGCACACAGGAAUUUUCUUUGCAUACGCAUCACGCUUGGGCCAAAAGCGCGCAGUAGGGAAGAAAAAAAGAGAGAGCAAUGACGAUCACGUGACCGUUACGUCACAGAGGAGGCGGUUCCUAGAUACUCAUGAUCACGGGAGACAGCGCAGCGCACCCAGGAGUUUGUGGUGUGACCACCGGGUGUGACUAGUGACUACACACUACACCCACGUGGACUACGCACGUGGACUCUGGACAACUCUGGGCCACUUUUUGCACUCGCGUUUCACUUGGGUGACGACAAGCGCCCGGGUGCUUGAAAUUUUCCGUGUCACUUCUGAAAUAGAGGAUCCCCGCAUAUAGUUCGCGGAGAAUGUCUUUCACCACAGAACAAGUGGAGGCACUGUGCCACGCUACUCAGGGCAACGCCGAAGCAAAUCAGUGCAUCACGUUAUUCCAUGCCUCGCCUGAGGCUUGGGACAUAGCCUGGCAACUUCUGGACACGACCAAGGCCCACGAAGUCCAAUAUUUCGCUGCCAACACGCUUCACGUUAAAAUCUCGAGGCACUGGAAUGAAAUUCCCGAAGAUCAGUAUGGUCCGCUACGAACCAAGCUGCUGGAUACGAUGCUUCAAUAUUCGAACGGGCCAAAGUUUAUUCUAACAAAAAUAAUAGCUGCUGUGGCAUCAUUCGUGAUUCGUGUGAUACCAGAUUUUUGGCAGUCUGCCAUCUCUGACCUUAUCAUUAAAUUCCAGCCUUCAGUUGGGGGAAAUGUUCCGCCACCAGUGUUGGAGGACAUGUUGCUAGAACUUCUGACUGUUAUUCCCGAAGAGCAUCUUAAGUUGCAGAGCACUGAACAAGACAGUUGUAGGGCAUCACGUGCGGGCCUGGACUCUGCUUCAAACUUCGUCUUCAGCUUCUUGGAGAGCAGAGCCGGUAUGCGACACCAGACGUUACGCUGCUAUUCGUCGUGGGCGCAGCUGUCAUUGGAUCCUGAAUCCCACCUAAGUCUGCUUCCACGUUUGAUGCAGGCCGUAACCGACUCGGAGCUCUGUUGCACAACUUCCGAGGCGCUAACCAAUGUUGUCCGCCAUCCUGACGCUCACCAGUUCCCAGACUUCAUACUUCAGAUGGUUGACAACUUGGCACAGCUCAAGGAGUUCUUGAACAAGAUGGCGGCUGCAAAAGAAAUGGAACUGUGCAGGGCAGUGUACAGGAUCCUCAUCGCACUGGGCGACAGCCACUCGAGUGUCCUCGUUGACACCCUCCUCACCAAACCACAGCAUAAGGACAAUGUCCUCACAAUCAUCAACCUCGUCCUGCAAUGCAGCGGAACACCGGGACACUUUCCAGUGGACGAGAAAUGCAGCCUUGAAGCUCUCGGCUUUUGGUAUGCCCUGCAAUAUGAGGUGUCCAUCGCGGAGGAACCCCGCGCGGAAGCACUGUUGUUGCUGCUGCAUCCUGUGUGGCAAGGCCUAUUGGACGCGCUACUCCGUAUAGUACAACUUCCACUCGACGACUCACAAUGGGCAGGAGAAGACAGGGAUGCCUUACGUAGUUAUAGAGAAGACAUCAGAGAGUUCUUUAUCUCCCUCUACGAACUCCUGCAGGAGAGUAUGCUCCUGCGGCUGAUGGAGCACCUACGAGUUUCCGCGGAUGCUUUUCGUAAAGAUGUGGUGAUAUGGCCGCAGCUCGAGGCCUGCCUGUUCGCAUUUGAGUGCCUAGUGAUAUCAGUAGGAAAAGAGGGACGCUGCUAUGUCGAUGAGGUUCUGGGAGGCAUACUCCCCGCGCUCCCCGCUCACCCGAAGGUGACUCCGGUGGCCCUGGAGUGCAUAGGAGCGUAUGGGGAAUGGUUGAAUGGCUGCCCGGAGACCCUGCAGGCAGUACUGCCAAUGUUGUCAGCAUCACUGCGUACGAACGAACUCGCUCCGGCUGCAACACUUGCCCUGAAGGAGGUAGCUCAGGAUUGCCGAGGCACCUUGGGUGCCAUGGCACGUCAGGUAUUAACUGCUGCGAGUGAAGCUCUGGCGGGAAGCGUCCUCGGAGAGCGUGAACGGAUCGUCAUGAUGGGCGUAGUCGGAUGUACGCUGUCGUCGGUUGAGAAGGGCCAAGUGGGACCGUGGCUGCAGGCUAUAGUGGUGCCCCAGAUCCGCAUCUUGCAGGACACGGUAGCUCAGGAUCUGACGUCGGGGACCCUCCCACACGUGUUGCUGCUGCUCAAGAUGCUCACGAUGCUUUUCUCUAAGGUCGACACUGGGGAUGAUGCACCAUUUUACGAACAAGGAGACACCAUGCCCAUCGAAAUGGUCGUUCAGGAACUCAGACCCACGCUUGGGCCCCUGGCAGAAAAGUAUGCUACAGACAAGCAUUUUGUCAAGAGCCUCUGUGAAUGCUUGCAGGCUGCAUCCUCUGGAGUUGGAGUCGAAUGCGCCUUGGAUGUCCUUGCACUUCUAGUUUCGUUGUACACGAGGAACCCGCAGGCUGCGAUCCUUAAAGCGUGUGACAAGCUAUAUCGGCCGACUCCACCGCCAGACACUCGCGAUGUCGAGGCACUUUCUGUGCUCUGCAGCACCAUGCUGGCAACUGCAGCUUCUUCUCAGAAUGUUUCAAAGGAGCAUGCACUCAUUUUAGAGGCCUUCUUCAGUAUGCUGGCUCAUGUGGCCAGAGCAUGUACUCCAGUCUUCGACGAGAACAAGUUAGACCCUUCAGCGUUAUUCGUCUGCGCGGCGACAACCAUAGUGCUUCCGGAGGAGCCGACAGUCAAGUCGGCCGCGCAGUUCCUAAGCGACUUCAUAUUGCGGAGUAGAGGGUACCCCAAAAUGCACAAUGCCGUCAACGAUCACGGGGGGCUGCUGGCUGAGCAGAUUAUCAGGGUAAUCGGCAGUGGAGAGCCUCCGCUCUCGGUGGUUCAGGCCAUGGCGGACUUGUUGCUCAUGUUGAACAAGGAGUACUCUGACGAUCUGUGUCGGUGGCUGUCUGCACUCGUGCAGCGACCAGACUUUCCGAGUUCCCUGGCCACAGCCUCCGACAAGGAACACUAUGUUCAGCUUAUAGUCGAAGAACGUGAAGACAAGAUGCAGAUGCUAGAAAUCGUUAACGAAUUCAGCCUCCUCUGCCGCCGAGGCCCCAUCAACACCAAGUCUGCAACCUAAACCUUCAAGGGCUCCUGAGCAAAGUCUACAGCCAAGAUGUUUAUGCCAAUGUAUAACUUUAUUUGUACAUAGCUACGCAGCCCCCCCCAAUGUAUAAAACGGACACUAUACAGCCGUCA